AUGACUGUCCAGCACGUCUCCACCCCCGCCAGCAACUCAGCACCCACUAGCCUCGAUGCUGCCGCCAACAAGGAAAUAUCCGCCAUCUGGGCCCAGGUUCAAGCACGGGUUAUUCAGUUGGCCGGCGGGGAUACCAAAAAGAUCAAAACUAAAUUGUCCAUUGAUGGUGUCCUCGCCCGGCUUGACCUGGCGCAGGAGGCCCGUGAGGAGUCGUCUGCCUCCAAAUACAAGGUCUAUAGCACCAUUCGUGCUACGUUCAACACCACUUUGCAAGUCAUCCAGACUGUCGGGGAAAUCGUCUCUCAGGGAGCAUCCGAGGUCUUUGGUCCUACCGAUCUCUGCUUCAAUGUCAUCAGCUACGUGAUAUCGGCCUGGCAAGGCUAUCAGGGUGUCUUCGAGAGCCUGGCUGACCUCCUGGAUCGAUGUGCUCAGUACCUGGGCCGCAUGGAAUAUUAUGUUCGGGGUGGCAUGGAUGCAAAACUGACCAAAGUCGCCUGUCAACAUCUGCAGCUCUUUGUCGAGGUUUGUGACCGGACCAUCGAACUCAGUCGCUCCAAACGCAAGAAGCUACGAGUCUUUACAAAAAUUCUCUUCCUUGACGACAAUGACAUCGACGACCUGCUGCAGAAGAUGUCCAACCUUGUGGACCAAGAGGGUCGGCUAGUUACUGCACAGAUGUUCAACUUUGUAUCUGAGGCCGUGACAAACACUCAAAAGAACUUGUCCAUUAGCCAUGAGAUGGAUGAGAAGAUUGAUGUCCUGAUGGAGGAUCGGUUCGACCAGCGAAAAGAACAUGAGAUCAAACGUCGACGAGAUAUUGUCUUGAAGACUCUAGCCAUCGACGAAAAUAAACUUGAUCCCGUAAAGAAAGAGCCCGAUCCGUACUGGCACCGGAACUAUCACAACUACCGCAAAUCAGUUGUCCCUGGCACUGGCCAAUGGAUAUUUGACGACCCAAGAUACGCCGCAUGGGAGAGCAACCGUAAAGGCAGGUCGCCCAUCCUGGCUAUCAAGGGCGUCGAAGGGUCCGGCAAGAGCUACCUGACCUCGACGAUUAUUCGAAGUCUCCGUAACCGUAGUGCCGCGGAAGACUCGGGCUCGCGGACUCUAGUGGCUUUCUAUUUUCUUGAGGGCGAGUCCAAAGAAGAAGUCCGAAAAGUCAACCAUUUCGAUGUCAUCGCCAAGUCCAUAAUCUGGCAGCUCGUCCAGUCUGAUGCAUCUUAUCUGAAAUCUGUUGCUAGCAUCUGUGAGAAAACCAAAGACUUGGAUCCAGAUGAGAUCCUGUCGCAGCUCCUUUUCGAUAACAAUGACCUGGACCGCAUGGAUGCAACAUUUUUCAUUAUCAUCGAUGGCCUGGGCGAUGUGAUCGGGGAUGGCUUCGUUAGGUUCCUUCAGAAAGCCUCUAAGCUUUGGAAGGACCGACAUAUUCGAAUCCUGCUGAACGGCCAUACAAGAGCAUUCGAGCAGCUGGCAACAGUUAAAGGUGUUUUUUUCCAAAGCAUCCCAAUCAGCGCCAGGAAUCGAUCAGAUGUGGAGCUAUUCAUCGAGUCGCGAAUGAACGGUAUAGACGCACUCAAGGACACCGCACGGAUGGGAGUUCCGGCAUUGCGAAAAAAGAUUUGCGAUACUCUAUGCCAGAGGACGGCAGGUGAUUUCUUCAGAGUCAACACGGUCCUAAAACGCAUCAGCUCGCUGGAUUAUGUGAACGACAUCGACCGUGUGCUCGCAGACGCCGGGAAGGAACGGUCCCAGCAGAUUCUUGCUGACAUCGAUAAGCUUAACAAUACGAGGACUCUCAAAGAACUCUCAGAAAUCAACGAGAUCAUCCUCUGGAUUCUUCAUGGAAGAGAAUGGUUCAAGCCCUAUCAGAUGGCGUCUGUGCUCUACUUGAAGAGCGGAGAGCUUUCACUGUUACCGCUUGAAUCAAAGCUCUCUUUUAAGUAUCAUUUGUUUGACAUUGACACCGAUGGCGAUAUCGAUUUCAGUUCCUAUGAGAUCCCGGAAUUGAUUCCCGAGAAAAGUCAGGUCAUCCAAGAGGACUCCAGUCCCGACACCUCAGCGCGAAUUCAGCCAAAUGAAGUGUCAAUCGUUAGGCAUUUCCUUCGCACAGUCUGUCCACCGGAAGUCUAUGGCAAGUUUGACUUUGAAACGUUCUUUGAGCAAAAACUCAGUGGCAAGCGAUGUCGUAUUUAUCGCGACGACAAGGAUGCGUCGGAGAUCAAGAUGGCCCUAACUUGUCUACGCAUUCUAACAGAAGAGAGAGACGAGCGGUCAGAGAUCCUACGUCCGUACGCCAUUAGCUAUGUCCUUCAGCAUUUGUCCUCUGUGGAUCUAGCGUUUGCGGACCGUGAAUUGAAGAGUGCUGUUGGACCUCGCCUUUUAAAGUUGUUUACCGAAGAUACAGCAACAGAUGCAUUAGUCUGGGCUGAUGAUGCUACCAAAGCUGUGCCGUUGGGGACGCAAAUCCGUACUACAUGGCUGGACAGUGAUGCGGGUGUAGAGCAGGUCCUACGAUGGUUUGGGGAUUCGGCGGUUAUCUCUGAGAUCUCGAAUCUGAAGGAUCGAGACUGGAUCUCUGAGCUUAUGACUAGUCCAGAUCCGAAGAAGGUGCUGCUCCUGCCUUUUGCAAAGAGGAUGGCAGUGCACUGGCUGCGGUGUCCAUCUAUGCGGCCGUUUGCCCGCAAUGCGUUCUUUUUCCUUUUUGAUUUCCUUGACAAGCUCGAGGGCUCCAACGAGUAUUUAGCAGGUGGCACGUCAGUUGACCUGAUGGCACCCAGUCUGGACAGGAUCCGUGAAGUUGAGGAAUGGUCGCAGCGGCUGUUAGAUAUCGAGGAGAAAGACAGUCUAUGGGAAGUCCAAGUAGCCAUCAUACUUGAGAGCUUUUCUUUCGCCUCUGAGUCUCAGGCAAGAUGCCGUCGAGCGCUAGAACUGGAUCCCCAGAACUGGCGAGCUUCCUAUUAUUUAGCGCACGCGACGACAUCCAACAGCGAAGCCAUCCAAAUCUUGGAAACUAUCGUGAAACGUUUCGAAACAGACAACGAGCUGAUUGGAAAACUUAGACUCCAAAAAUCGCUAACUGAAAUCCUAUUUGACCUGGGACAGAGAUACUGGGGAGUAGGCCAGCUUGAUCGAGCCAUCCAUUUUCAUACCCGGUCAGUCAAAGCACACUACACGGGUGGUGAUCGUGCUCUGGUAAUAUUGGAGCAGUAUCGUUCCCAGCAACGAUGGGAAGACAUCGUCAACUUGUUGAACACAAUUCAGAAAGAACCAACAGGCGAUCCACAAAAUGUGGCAGAUAUGAUGGUGAACCUUGCCGCUCACGAAAGCCUCCAUGAGAUUCUGCUGCAGACCGCCAUCGAAACGAGCCAGUUUGAUCUUCUGGAAAGGAUAUAUGACAACGCCAUCAACACCGCCGUAAAACGCCAGGUGUGCACCAGUCUUUACUACCUCCGUUACUACUACGCAAACGCCGUUUACCAACAACCCGAGAACGAGGAGCGAGCCAUUGGACUUUGGGAGCUCGCACUAAAGGAUGACCUUCCCCGAACUGUCCUCGAAGUCGAAGCUAUCCUUCCAGACUUGACCCGGAAGUUGGCACCGCUGUACCUGCGUCGCGCCAGAGCAGCCGAGCGAGACUCCGAUGUAGCCAGGUCUUAUUUGGAACGAAUCUCGACUAUUCUGCCAGACGAGACGUCCGAGAACAACAUUGUAUUCCCGGCUAAGUUGUAUCUUGCAAGAUACUACUAUGUGCAGGGUGACAGACUCAGGGCCAAGCAAAUUGCUCGUAGCGUGGUGAAAAUGGCUCUGGAGAUCCUGUCUGAUGGUGACUACGACAACGACUAUCUCGCAUAUUGGCGGUUAUUGCUUGUAUUCCUACCCUUGGGAGACGACAAGAACGCACGCGCAGCCGUCAUCAUGGCAGGACUCGGCGGCGAUCAGGAACCCGAAGACUCUCCCGAAGACCCUCCCGAAGAACAACGAACGGUUUUCGAUUCCAGCAAGAGAACAACAAGCCCGACUUCCAUGCCCAUAACUCGAGAGGCCGAUGUCCAGAGACCCACCAAACCCACAGAAUCUAGAAAACACCGCCGCAGCACCCGACGAGACACGGAAGUCCUCAACCGAAAAUACAACACCGCCGGCAAAAGCAACAUCGACAACUACAGCAGCACCAAGAAGGAAAACCAGCAACAGCAACAACAGCUCCAGCAACAAUUACAGGAACUUCAAGAACAACAGCAAGCCCCUCAUUCACAUACUCGCCCGAUCUUCGCCGUCUGCGACGCAAACUGCGGCUAUGGCUGGACGACCGCGAGUGAAAUGUGGUGGUGCCGUGAUUGCAUCAAUCUAACCUUCGACCACGACUGCUACCAGCGGUUGAAGAAUGGAACGCUGCAGAUGAAUAUCUGUGAUAGGGGGCAUGACUUUUUGGAUAUUCCAAAGUGGGAUACGGAGAGGAUGAAGAGGGUUCCUGGGUUGUGUGUGCCGUAUGGGGAUAGGAUUAUCUCGUUGGAUGAGUGGAAGAGGGAGAUUUGGAGGGAGUAUGUGGAGAUUGAUGUGCCGGUGGGGAGGCGUAUGAGUAGGUGUUUCUUUUGA